CAGACAGGUCACUGCUAAGUGUUUGGCCCCGUCCACCCCACGAGAGGCACUCCUUAAUCCGUGUACCCCGCGGCUAAAGAGGCGGCCGUAUAAAGGACCGCGCCGCCGAUCCCUCGCUGGUGUAUCACAGGGUUCGGUGCUCGGUCCGCUGUUCUUUAUAGAUCGGCUGCAUUUUGAGUCGCCCUGUGAAGAAAACGAAGCUGUGAAUAUGAAACUGCUAUUGCUCGCCGCUCUGGUCUCGGUCGCCGCCGCCACGCCCCAGUACGUCCGAGGCAGUGACGUCAACGCUCGCACCAUCAAAAACGAAUUCGAACAGGCCAUCGACAACAGCUAUCGGAGUGAGGUGGAAACUGACAACGGCAUCGUGAUCCAAGCUCAGGGAGAGAGUCUGCCGGGCCCCGAGCCGGAGACGGGCUCUAUGAGCAUGUCCGGCACCUAUGAGUACACGGCGCCCAACGGUCAGCGUAUUAGAGUCGACUGGGUGGCUGACGAGAAUGGCUACCGUGCCACCUCUGACGUCAUCCCGCAGCAGUGACGUCAUCAGGGGGUCUGAGGCGUGGUGAUUGGAUGCUAAGGGGAGUGAUACUGGCAGGUGCUGGUGUAGUGCCGUAGCUGAAAAAUGUUUUAUUUAUUUUGUGCGUACAUAUUUUUUCGGUUCUUUGCUGACAUAAGAUCGUGUUUGCUUACUGUAUUUUCUCCCAAAUUCUGUCGCACCAAUAGGUACUUUUUCGUUUAUAAGUGAUAAUAUACCAUGCAAAGGGUUGAAGUAAUUAGUGAUUGGAUAGGCUCUUCCUUUUUUACUAUGAAUUUUCUGCAACGAAUGGUGAUAUUUAGGUAUAUUUUGUGUGUGCAUUUCGCGUUAUCAAUGUGUCGAAUAUAUGAUUUGGCUAUGA